GGAUGGACUUCUGAUCGGCAGCAGCUCCACAGGACACACGACCAUCCGCAGGGUUUCCAAAGCCGAUGAAGGACUCUACAAGUGCAGCACCUCUGGAGGCGCCGAGUCUCCGGACAGCCGGCUGACUGUCAGAGUGUCAGAGCCAGCAGCUCAGGUGUUGGCCGUCUCCAGACUGACGUGCCAUGUGAUCACAGUGACUCCCUACCUGCUGUGCACCGUCGUGCUGGGCCUCAUAUGCAGAAGAAACAGGAGAGCCCACCUUGUCGCCGAGGUCAGGAGCCACAGUGUCGUCAUGGAGGUGGAGUAGAAAAAGUCAGUGAGAAGGUUGGAGGUGCAGAAGGAACCAAGCUGGAUGAUGAAUUCAAAGAGAUGGAAAAGAAGGUGGACAUCACCAGCAGAGCAGUGUUGGACAUCAUGACCAAAACCACAGAAUACCUUCAGCCCAAUCCAGCAUCCAGAGCCAAGCUGAGCAUGAUCAACACCAUGUCAAAGAUCCGCGGACAGGAAAAGGGACCCGGUUACCCGCAGGCUGAGACCGUCCUGGGCGACGCCAUGUUGAAGUUUGGACGGGAGUUGGGGGAGGAGUCCAGCUUCGGUUUGGCGCUGAUCGAAGCCAGCGAGGCGAUGAAGGAGCUCGGUGAAGUGAAGGACGCUCUGGACAUGGAGGUCAAACAGAACUUCAUCGACCCGCUGCAGAACCUCCACGACAAAGACCUCAAAGAGAUCCAGCACCAUCUGAAGAAGAUGGAGGGUCGCCGUCUGGACUUUGACUACAAGAAGAAGCGUCAGGGGAAAGUCCAGGAGGACGAGAUCAAACAGGCGCUGGAGAAGUUCGACGAGAGCAAAGAGAUCGCAGAGCAGAGCAUGUUUAACCUUCUGGAGAGCGACAUAGAGCAGGUGAGCCAGCUGGCAGCGUUGGUCCAGGCUCAGUUGGAAUACCACAGCCGCUCUGCCGAAAUCCUCCAACAGCUCUCCAGAAAGAUGGAGGACAGGAUAAAAGAGGUGUCUGGCAAAGCGAGGAAGGAGUACACUCCUAAACCCCGAAUGACCCUGGAGCUGCUGCCCCCCAGCGAGAGCCACAAUGGAGGGAUACACUCUGCCAAAUCGCCCGGAAGAUCACCAGCACCCAUGGAUCAGCCCUGCUGCCGAGCGCUCUACGACUUCGAGCCAGAGAACGAAGGCGAGCUGGGCUUCAAAGAGGGCGACGUCAUCACCCUGACCAACCAGAUCGACGACAACUGGUACGAGGGCAUGAUCAACGGCCAGUCGGGCUUCUUCCCCAUCAACUACGUGGAUAUCCUGGUGCCGCUCCCUCAUUAGGUCACGCCAAUGACCUGAACGUCCCCACCCGUCCGACCAAUUCCAGAUGCCCCGGAAACAGCCUGUAUUUGCAUAAAACAACAAACCAUGUCCUCCUUCUACUUCUUCUUCUUCUGUGCUUCUGUGCGAUUGUGCUUUCACAAAACGGACUGAUGAUGGUGGAGACGGAGACGGGGCGGAUGAGGCCAGGCAGGGUGGACAGUGAUAGGAGGAGGAGGAGGAUUUCAGAAGAGACGACGAGGCGGUGAUGUUUUACAGCACAGUGCUCACUCUGCAGUGCUCCGCUCAGCCCGGGCAGCCCGGAUACCGACGAGGCUUUGGAGACCUCCGACUAAGGCGCGGUGUAUAUGUACGUGCAUGUAUGUGUCUGUGUGUGCGUUCUUACUCUAUUACGAUCCAGCCAGCACAAAUUCCUGCUCGUCAGUUAAACUGCCUUUUUGUGAUACUGUCUUCUUCUCGAGUUAAGUUUCUUGCUGCACUUCUGUCUUUUCUACCUUGACUUAACCUUCUUGUGGUUCUUCUUCUUCUUCUUCUCUGGCCCCGAGAUCUCGCAGUAAAAGUUCCCGUCUCUCUUUGCUCAUUCACUCAUUUGCUAGCACCGCCUUUUAGCAUGGCUCCAUACUGAUAUACAGACCUCUAACCUAUGAUCCAGGGCUCUGGGAGGUCAUCAGACCCGCCUGCUUUUGUUUGAGUAUAUCUUGUACUCUUUCUCAGAGUCUGCAUCGGAUCUCAGCUCAGUCGCUGUAUGCAUGAAACAGCCAAGUCAAAAGGAUCGAGAUGCUGGAGAAAUUUGGUGUUCGGGAGUGUGAAGCAGUAGAUUUCUAUCGUCUUGGGAAUGGGAAUUUUAGCAGAUCUUUAAGGUCAUUCGGCGUGUCAUGAAACACAUGACGGUAAACUUGAGGGUUAUGUGAUUUUUCCAGCCAACACGAGCAGCGAAGGCCGGUCUGUAUGGGCAGAACUUCUCACCAGGUCGGCACACAGAUGACUCAUCACAGGAGGCAUCGAGGAGGAGGUGCUUGUUUCAUUGUGUGUGUCGAGUUACCCACUCACACUGUUGUGUAGAUGCUUGUUUGUUUGUCCUCUUUGUGAGACCCGAACACGACAAGACAUUAGGACAUUACAUUGUUUUCCCCGUCCCCUAAACAGUCAACAAGUCACAGAAAUUCUACAUUCAAAACGUUGUUGAGGUCGUUUGUUAUGCAUGAAGCUCUCUGAACCUGAAAUCAGUACGUGUGCUGUUGGUCAACAUGAAUGUAGACUGGAUCUGUUAGGAUGUUCUGCACCUCCUUCCUGGUUGGAGACGCAGCGUAACCAUGGUAACCCAUUUCAGUGAUUAACAAAUUUGACAUAUAAAUUACGCUGAGCAAAAUGAAACCUUAUAAGCUUUAUAACUUAUACUGACUGUAGUAUUACCGUAGCUGAUCACUGAUAUGGACACGUUUGAUCUGUCCUGGAGUCAUGGUAACUGGUACAUUUAAGAGCCGCGUGGACGUUACAGACCCCAUGAUUACAUUUCGGUCUGUGUUAGGGACCGUUCAGAUGUCGUGUCUUUUGCACAUACAAAUGUACUAUUAUGGAGACGCCAACAAGCUCACUCAUAACUGAACGCAGCAGCAUCGUGGUGCUCAUUCGCAUGCUAGUUUUUAUUCGGGUUUAUUCAGCCCACCAAGAUGGAAAACUGUUCUCAACGCAGCAAACGCGCUGCAGGUCAUGUGACUGUGUGAAGAAUUACGCCAUCAGCACCACAGGACUUCCUUUGACAUCCUGACUGCUGAACGGGACCACGUUGUCUCUUUCUGCAAGACAAAUGAUCGGCUAAUUGUAAAAGAUAAGAUCAGCGAAUGCCAGAUAUGCUAAUCAAACGUACCUCUUUGUACAAACUGUUCAGAUGUGUGGCAUAUGUAACGUAUGUACUGACGUGCGUACAAAAUACAUCUGAAGUAUUGUGUUUUAAUAUUAAUAUAUUCAUCAUGAUGCAACUGCAGAGUUAAGUUAGUCCAGUUAAGGCACUGAGUUAUAUCAGCUCAGAGCUUACUGCUAACCACGUUUACAGACGCGGCAUCUGAAUGGCCCAUUGGCGUGUUUCUGAAGCCUCAGUCAGUAUUAGCGGUCCACCAAAGUGCUGCCUCAGCAGUGUUCUUUAUUAGCCCGUGUUAAAGAGUCGGCUCUGACGAAGACCUGAUGAACACGGUCCAUGGGAUUUAUUGUUAAAGGCUCGUUAUCACUGAUGUGAAACAAAUAGUUGCCCUUUUAAGGGCGAUGGAAACCGUCAGAAAACAUUCAUAAAACCAAUGUCAUGUUCAACUUUGGUAUCUGCUGACUGUUAUUUGGUUCAAGACCGGUCAGACAGACCAAUUGAGUCCAACAAAGCAGAUGUGCUAGCAAUAGAGAUCUGUUCAAGUGUGUUGUUGACGUGUUCAAAUGAAACACGAGACUUCUUACAAAGAACUUCCUAUCACAAUGCUGGGAUGGGCAUUGAGUGUGGUGCUGGGUUUGUAUCGACUCCUUUGUACAUAAAGAUCUGAAUAGUGUCAAAGAUCAGAUUGAACCUGUGCUGUCGCCAGGCUGAAGUCAUCGUGACAGAAUUCUCUUCUACCGAGCCAACCUUUUUAAAUUUAAAACUGAACUUAAACAGAUAUUAUUACAUUUAAAAGGCUUAUAGCUUUUCUAUCAGGGCAAUAUUAAUUCAAACAGCAGCAGGAAUCUGUGCUAGUGUGGCUAACGCUAACGUGCCAGAUGUGACUAACCAGCUGGCCUUUCGCUUCACAUUCCCGUACUUGUGUUUUUUUGUGAUUGCAGUGUUGAGCAGAGUACUUCAAGCUAAAACUUUGAAAAUGUAAAGAUACUUCAUUUUUGUAUUCCGAAGAUGUAUUCUGAAUACUUGUAUUGCAUUACAACCUCAUGUCAAAGUGUCAGGACGCUGCUGUAGCUGGUUGGCUAAGUCCAAAGUGAGACACUCGCCCAGGUGUUUCUCAAGCUAUGGGUCGGGGCCUUGAAAUGGGUUGCGUCGUGUCGCUUCUUGACGAGGCAGGACUGCAGCAGAGAAAAAGUAUUUUAUUAAGUAUUUGGUAGGAGGAUGGGAAAACUGUGAUGGUGUUUGGACACAAACAGUAAUAACAAUGAAAUAAACUGCAUUUUUAACCGGAGAUUCAGUCAAUGAAGAUGCAAUAAGCGAUAAUCUAACAAUAAAAACAUUUCAAUAAGAGGAAGUGAUGACUCUGAAGGAAACCGUGGAACAGUCAAAUCUGUCUAUCUGAAGAGCUUUAGAACUUGGACAUCUCUUCCUUUGCCAAAGCACAUAUGCGACAGCAACAACACAGUCACAAGCUAAGAGUCUUUUAUUUUCUUCCUGUUUCUCUGGAUCCAUUCCAAGUUGUGGUGAAAGACGGGAGUUCGGAGCGUUCGGCGUUUCUCUUCGUUUUUCUUUGUGUUCCGAGUCUGUCACCUGAUUUUCUGAGUCCGCCUGUGGAAAGUCUGUGAGCUGCAUGCGACUGAACUGCUUUUUAUGUCUGCUGGUUUGAGAUGUUUUUCAAAAACAAAACAAAAAAAAAAAAACAACUUAAAUUUAAAUUAAUCAAAACAAUGGGGGAGAUUUUAGUCCUGCUGGCUGUUUAUUCUCGCGCUGCGGUGAGCCUACAUUAACUGAAACCCUUCAUGGUUCGGUUACUGUAUUUGUCGUGUUGUUUUUGUUAAAUCUGUUGACUUGGUUAAGCUGUAUUUGUAUCGCACUCCUCUUCAAAUUACAAAGUGCUUUAAGAAGCUUUUUGAAUUUUCUUGAACAUGUUUUUAUUUUCCAUUGAUCUGAAUUUGUUUUGUUGCUCUUCUUUGUUUUCUCUUGUGCUGAUUUGCCCUCCAUGGCGAGAUGUAUCUUAACCUCAGUGAGGGACUUGUACAGUGUUACGCUCCGUUUUCCCUUCUCACCGACAUGAGAGUCAGACCUCGGCCUUGUUUCCUGCUCUGGCGAAACACUCCGAACCAAACACUCCUGUCUUUCUCCGAGACACGGCGGCUCAGAAAGCAGAAAGAUCCUCAUUGGUUUCACUGAACUUGAUGAGUCAGUUUUUAGGGUGGACUUUAUGUGAAUACAUGUUGACUUGUUGUAAUGUAAUGGAAAAUUAAUCUCAAAACUCUCAUAUCUUUAAAUAUGAAGCUAACACCAGCAGCCACUUAGCUUAGCUUAGCAUACAGACUGGACGCAGGAAGAAAAAGCUCACCUGGCUUUGUCCAAAGGGUAAAAAAACAAACAAACAAACAAAUAAAAACAAUCUGCCUAUAAAUUCACUUAUCCUGUUUGGUUUAUAUGUACAAAAACCACAGCAUGAAAACAUUUAGUGAGCUAAAUUCCCCAGCUUACUUAGCUUUAGCACUUUUUUUAGGUCCCUCCCACUGCAGUUGAGGUGAACCAAUCAGAUUAACUCUGCUGUCAGGGCCGCUUUUCUUUAAAGAAACAGUGUGAACACUUGGUCCGACCUGUGGCUGUGUUACAUUGUACUGUAUGCCUUGUGGCUGUAUAAAAUAGCCCCCUUUGCCUAUGGAACCUGGUGUCUCCUGGUGAGCUACGUGUGUGUACGUGAGUAUAUACACACCUUGUUGCAGUUUAUUUAUGUAUUGUACGUAUUCAUUUGAUUAUGUAUUUAUUUAUUUAUUCCUGCGUCCUAUUUAUUGGUUCGGCACCUGUGGCGUAUUUUACGAUUGUCAGUACAUCGGUGUAUGAUGUGGAGGAGGGGACGGGGGGACGAGGGGAUGGGGGGGUUGUUUUGGGAUGUUGGGGGGGAAGGGGCGUGGUAAGUGGAAAAACCUAGCUGUGAUACUAACUCUAACUGUUGCUCUCCUCGUAUUGGAUGAUGAUAUAAUCUAAGACCACUGUAUGUAUAACUGCUUGUUGUGAAGAUGAACUACAAUGUAAUGACAAUAAAGAACUAACACCAUGACGACACGC